ACCUCAACACUAAACACCCCGCGAUCAACAUCACGUCAAUCUCUGUCAGGCGCAUUGCGAAUUUGGCUCCGUUGAAGACAACCCCUCUCUCCGCAAAUCCCUAAAUAUCACAAGAGAGGCAUUGCCUCAUCGCCACCAUGGCCCCACCAUUCCCUCGCUCGAGUAUUGAGCUCGAUUACCCUCUCUACGCCGUCGACUUUGACCCUGAGGACUCAACCCGAGUAGUCGUAGGUGGUGGAGGUGGUGCUGGUCGCUCUGGUGUUGGAAACAAAAUUACUGUCCUCGAAAGUGUUUCUCAAACAGAGCUCCGAACCGCUGGAGAGAUCAACCUUUCACGCGAUGAAGACAGCGUUAUGUCCCUGGCAGUCGGCCCUCACAAGGGAAAGACCACAUAUCUCUACGCCGGCGUCAACUCCAGCCCAGAUAGCAUCGCAAAGGGCAAGAAUGAACACCUCCGAAUCCUAAGCGUCGACCCUUCGAAGCUGCGCACUGCCGUUGGGGCUAAGACACCCGAUGCCAACAUCUCAGAGGUCGCGCGUACCUCUCUCUUCGAAAAUCCCGACCUUGAUACAUAUCAGCGACUAUUGCGCAUUGCGGGAACGACUGGUGCUGCAGCUACAGCGAUGGGCAAGGAGCCCCAGCUGGCUAUCUUCGACGCCGCGGGUGCUACAGCCAAACUACGAAGUGUUCUGAAACUAGACAAGGAGGCCGAGGAUUUGGAUAUUGUGCAAACAGCAGAGAAUGAGUUUCAGGUUGCAUACUGCUACAAGUACGAACUAUAUCUUGUCAAGGUCAGCGCCAAGGAGACCAGCGAACCACAGCGGGUAUACGUUAUGCCAGACGACCAUGGCGAACGACCUGCCUUCCGAGCAAUUCGUUAUCUAAGCCCUCACUUCCUCGUCGCUGCGUCCAAUUUACCCAAGCGAAGCGGAGUUGUGAUACAGGCGUUGAGAUUACCCAAGGAAGGCCAGCCAGACGCACGCCUUUCUAUCAAUGCUAGGAUACCAAGGAAGAUUUCUGCAACCGCUCUUGCUAUUGCGAACCUGUCACCUCCAGCAUCUCCUCUGAACUCCCUCGGCAAUACACAGUUCAUCAUUGCCGUUGCAGGCCAUGAUUCAUCCGUUUCGCUCUAUACACUAGAACACACAACAGGCGGCACUGUUGAGUUGCUUGCUAAAUUGUGGCACCUACACACUCUCAAGGAAGUCCAUGGAACAGACAAUAUUACUGGAGUGGCAUUCUCUCACUUUCAGACACCCAAGAACAACCUUCGCCAACAGUACAUCAAACUCGCCAGCACAUCUCUCCAGAAGACGGUCGCUGUCCACAGCAUUCCCCUUGCGAAGCACGUCGAUAAGUCUCCCCGCAAUCCGAAGGGACCUCCUCGUCCUGUUCGCUACGUCACAGCUAUGAAGUCCCGCGGUGUUUCCUCUCGUGGUCUUGGCAUCACAAUGGCCAUCUUCGCGCUUAUCAUGGCCCUCGUUGCGCAGACUGUUCUCGAGCUCUAUGGCGGAUCUCGCCCAGUUCUUGGUGUGCAGAAGAUAUUUCCAUCAUGGCAUGGCAGUCUGCGCAGCCCCGACCACCCACCCGCCGCCUUCUUAGCCGACGAAUUUCUUGCCAAACUUGCAGGUCGCGAUAUCGCCAAGACUGCCGCUGGUGAAACUCUGGUUGUUUACGAGGGUGAUGUGCCUCCUGCAACUGCCGGUGAAGACGGCCAGGCCCCAGAGCUCAAGCUUGAUGUCCACGAGCCAUCCGUCCAUGGCCCGGGCAAGACUUGGGAGGAGCUGGGUGAGGAGCAGAAGGAGGCCUGGAAGGCUCGUCUCAAGGAGGCUGGCGCCUGGACUCAGACCAUGGGCGAGAACGUGUUCAAGGGCAUUCUGUUCGGCGAGAUUGCUGGUGCUGUCGGCCGAGCUGUUGCCGGUUGAUAUAGCAUCACUAGCAGUUCUUGAAAGAGACGAUUCUGAAAUCUUGUAUUGUAUCAUAAGUUUGUGCUUUAUUUACAUGUUCUAUAUGAUGGCGAGGGAGUAUUUCUGGGAUCCGGUUUGCCAUUUUAAGCUCAUCAUGAAAGGGGCGGUAGCGCAUACUGAAAGCCUGUUACGUAUUUAGGAAGAUAAUGUACAUGUAUAGUUAUGGUUAUUGUUAUUAGUAAUGUAUUCUCUGCAUAUAUGUUCUUACCGUGGUGUAGCGUGUGAUUGGUCGGUCAUGACUUUCCAUCCAUAUCGCUAGGCGUGAGUGAUGGUCACGGGGUAACAGAUAUCAAGAGAUCAAGAGAGUGCG